GACUUCUGACCGAUACGAAGCGAACAUCGUUUUGACAAGCGUCUCUGGAUAGCGGUAGUAGUGUAGUGUUCUUACUUCCGUAGCACGCUCCGUGGUGUGUCGCUUCUUCUGUUUGUGAAGUGACUAGUGAACUUUUAAACUCUUCACGUGAAAGUGUUGUACAUGUUGUGAGGCAAAAACUAUGCCCCUCUGCCUGUGCUGCAAUCGCAAUGAGGAAUAGCGUGACAAAAAGUGAUCAAUCGAGGGUAUUACAGUUUUGGGUGGCGCUCUUGUUCUUCACACUCCAGUGUCUCAUCAAACCCUCGGUCGUGCUAUCGCUGGAAGGUGAUAAUGUUUGCUAUCGUUAUGAAAGCUAUACUGAAACGGAGACUAUUCCGCGCAAUCAAACGGUACAGGUGCUCACGAGGCAAUGGUGUCUGGAGAUCCCUCCACGCUGCACGUCCUACCGUACGGAGAUUAAGGAAGUGUUUGUGAAGCAGAACGUUACCAAAACUAGACGCGUCGAGUUCUGCUGCGAAGGCUACCAGGAGCAGCGGAGCGGAAGAGGAGACGAUGCUAUCAGCGAGUGCCAUCCGAUCUGCCGUGGAGGAUGUAUCCAUGGCGCGUGUGUGGCCCCGAGCGUUUGUAGCUGUGAGGCCGGCUUCAGCGGUAAACAUUGUGUGCAGAGAUGCAAGAAUGGGACGUGGGGCGUUAACUGCAAAAACCGAUGCCAUUGCCAGAACCACGCGCUGUGCGACACGAAAACUGGUCACUGUCGGUGUGUGGAUGGUUGGAUGGGCAAACACUGUGAAACACCGUGUCCUGAGGGGUCCUAUGGUACGAUGUGUGGGGCCAGGUGUGACUGCAAGACCAGACACUGUCAUCCACAGACCGGCGCCUGUCUACCCGAUGACGAGAUCGUGAUGUUCGACAACAUCACCCGGACGGUGGAGAGCAGCUACUCCUCGGAGAGCACCGAGCGGAUCUCGGCCGAACAGUGGAUUAAGGUCGAGAAUGACACCACGCCAAUCGUUUCUUCAACCAGCAGUGUUGCUACCGAGGUGCCUACGACGAGUAGUAGCAGCUCAUCCUCAACUCCCACUUCCACGGUGACUUCCACGACGACCACGAUUUCCACGACGACGGAGGUGGAUGGAUCGAGUCCUGAGCCCAGCAGUGCUACGUACGCGGAAUCCUAUCACGAGUAUCUACCGAACAACACCGAGAUGAGCAUGGUGCUGACGAAGGGCCACUCGCGGUACGCCAGCAACGACAGCAUGUACGAGCUCGUCACCACGACGUCCCGCGUCGAGAUCACCUUUAUCGAUACGGCCGUCCAGAAGGUCGAAGAUCGCGAUGCGACGCACGGUAACGCUUCGAUGGAGGAGCAGGACCGCGACGAUGGUACUGAUGACACCGCAAAUGUCACCGACACCCAGCUCGUCUAUCUCGAGUCAUCGAACCAGCCCGUGCUGGUGGGCAUACAGACCACCGACCAGGAGGCGGACCGUAACCGGCGUCAGGAUGAGUCGCGUGACCGUCAAGCGUUCGUCACGAUCUCCUGUUUGCUCAUCACGCUCGCACUGCUCUGCUCGGUGGUUGCAUACCUGAAGCGAUUGGAUCGGAAAACGCUCGUCAAACCGAGUGGCACCGUAGUACCGCCACCGGUCAAGAUCGUUGACGGGAGCGUACAGACCGGUAUCGAUCCGAAUCGAUCCUCGGAACCACUCCCAGAUCUGCCACACGUUACGUACACGCGAGUGAAACCCAAGCAGGAACGAAACGGUGACCUUGAGCAUUACGAUGUGCCCGCCAACAACAGCUUCAUCCAUCGAGCCAAAUCGUCGCCAUACAACUACAAUUUCUCGGCCAACAGCAAACCACCGCCUCGGAAGUACAGUCUCGAGCAUAUCUACGACGAAAUACAGUACCCUCCGUUGGCAGAAAUCACAGCUGGCAGCACGACGGCGCAAGCUGAUAAGGCCCGGCAGCCGGCCAUGGAUGCAACUAGCGAUGCCGGUUACUGCAAACCAAUGGGACACAGUGAGGGAGGGAGAACUUAGGCUUUAAGAUACAGAUUUUGUAGCAAUAAACGGGGAGUCCCCGGGUGACAAGCUGGGGAAUAAAU